UUUAUAAGUUAAAUAAAUUUAAUUAUUUCAAAAAGAAGUCUUAAUUAUUCCUGACUACACUUCCACACAAGCGUUGACUGGACGUUGUAACUGAGUUAACGGAUCAAACGGUUGGCACGUAACAAAAAUUGGCGCAGUCGGUAGGAUAUUCAAUAGAAGGCAAUUCCACAUCGGAACCACCGAGGAGCUGAACAACUUGCAGUCCUUCAACUUCUCAACUUCCAUUGAAUAGCUGAUACUCCACCGGAUCAUUCAGUCAACAACAUGUCUUCAAUCAACAAUUGUUUGAGCAUAAAGUCUAAGUUUAAAUACAAUUUUAUUUUAACAUCAUUUCCAACCAACAAAUUCACGAAAUUAACCGUUCUCGAGCUUAAUGAACGAAAAUAAGACCGGAAGAAUGGAUACCCAGAAGGUCAACAGCCAAAAGCCGAAUAAAACAGUUUUAAAACCUAACGUUGAAUGGAAAAUGAAUUACGAAAAGUAUUUAAAAAUGACAAGAAAGGAGCACAUGAAUUGGUUAGCUCAGCCAAAAGAGGUCCGAUUGAAGCCGUGGCCAGAUCCAGAACUGAUACGAGAAUUGCCAAUAAAAAUCGAACAUCAUACUUUGUACGGUAAAGUUCCUUCGAGAAUUGAAUACUUGGCCAGACCAAAAGUUUAUAAGCCGCGGCCGGAGCCACCAGAGAUAAUUCCUACUAUCAAUGGUUAUUCCAAGAAAAGAAUGGAGGAACUAGCCAAACCAAAAUCAUUGGUUGGGCACAUACACGCAAGGUGCAUGGACACCGAAGAAAAAGAAAUCAUAUACUUCAAUCCGAACAGGUAUCACUCGAAAAUGACCCCAAGCGAAGCCAAGAAGUUCCAUGAGGAAUGGACCGAGAAAAACUCAAAACCAAAAUUACGUAUUAUUAACGUUCCAGAAAGGGACGAAAGAAGGUUGUCGUUGAAACAAGCAAAAAAAUUGACCGAAAGACUGACCAAAGUGUCAGAUGCGAAAAAAGAAUUGAUGGCACAAGAACCUUAUGUUCCUCGAAGAGAACCUCGGCCUCCGGGAAAGCAUAUAGUACCCAUGAAUCUUCCGUGGAUUGAUCGGCUGUCGAAGCCUAGACAACUAAUGCCGGAGACAAUAUUAGACAUGGAAUACGACCCGUACCUGAUAAAGAAAAGCACUUUGAGGGCGAAACCGUCAAAACGGAUAAUCGAAUUGGCCCAACCAAAAGUGGUUAACACCAAAGGUCAGUUACAGUUCAAGGAAAAUCCAUAUGCGGUAAAUCCAAGAGCUUUGGUGUACAAGGCAACCAAACGUAUAAAGCGGCUGGCACAACCCCGCAUACGGAAUUAAAUGCUGUUUCCAAUGGUUCAAUUAUCGGUGUUGUUCCAACUGUUAAAAAUCUGUUGUCAUCGAGUUGAACGCAGACGAUCACACUGACUUCUGGUAGCUGCGUCCACAGAUCAGCUACUACAAAUUUAAACGGUUGCAUACAGUUGCAUUUUAACGGUUGCCCUACUUAUAGCGUAUAUAACGCGUAGUGUGUAACCGGAUACUUAUCGAUAUAGUAUUAUUUUCCCUCUAUCAAUAACGGCUGUCGGCGAUCAUAUAAGACUCUCCUACACCCGCGUAUGUUGUCUCUCCGCCCGACACACGAACGACGUAGCAAUUUUACGUUUAGCAGUUCAAAUGUAGAGAUGUUUUAGCUUUAGUAUUAGAGUAAACUGGCCUACGAUCAAACUUAUAGGGAACAACAUUAUCUGUGUUUUGUUGGUCGGGUUUUUCCGAUAUUUUUAUUUUUAAGCGUGCAAUGA